UGUUGGAACACAAGCCUUUGUUUAAUAAUGACUUUGUUAUUAGGCUGAGUGUCGUCUGUAAAUACCCAGCUGUUUGAUCUGUCACCAGCAUCAUGUGGCUCUUUACCACACUGACAGUUUGUGUUCAUGUAUCUUCUGUGCCUCAAAUCUCACUGUGAAGCUCUGGUUAUUAGUGCGGUUGUUUCUAGUUUCACUGUAGUUUCUCAUCUUAAAGUCGGAGUUCGGGACUUUUACAUAUAAAUGAUCGUCCGUUACAUUCGAGUCAAACGGGUUCACACAGUGCUGGUUAACCCUGUCACCGGCAGGUAAAUCUGUCUCAGUAUACAGGAGUUUUUAAAUCUGCAGUCUGUGGCAACAUUCCCGCGCUGGCGCACCGGUAAUGAUGCGUUUUAGGCCAACCAGCAGUGACUGGUUACCCAGAGAGGAAGCUGGGAGUAACCCAGAGCCAUGUAGAGAGCGCCACGAUCCGCCAUCACUGUAGAACGUUUAUUACUGAGAACUGUUUAUGGUUUAUUUAGUUUCUUAUGACUAUAGUUUGUGUUAAUAUGCUUUGACUGUAUUGUAUGCAGUCGUGCCAAUAAAGCCAGUUGAAUGUAAUUGAACGGAGUUGAUGCAACUCUCUCUCUCUACACGGCUCUGGAGCGACUGCAGCGACGCAGUGGCCUGCAGCAGCUGGGAGCAAAACCUAAGAAGCUCCGAAAAAAGCUUCUGAUGCUGCAGAUAAAACAGAAACUCGGCGUUCAGAGGAAGGAUUACUGUCAAAACAAGGAAGUGGUGGACGGCGAGGACAAACAUGGAUAACCACUGGUGUAGCUUUAGCUUUUCCUUGUCAGAGAGCUGAGAGACGGGCUGAGGACACAGAUGUCACAUUACUGCUCUCGGACAGGCUGGUAAAAUAUUCGGAGUGCAGCUGUUACAUUUACUCUACCUGAAUAACGGAUCACUGUCUCGAACUGUGGAAACUUAUCUGUAUUUCUGUAACUGUUUCUGUACCCGAGCCCGGAGCUCACUGCAGGCAAACAUCGUCAGCAGGCGUCAACAGUGUUUGUGUAGACGGUGUAGUCCCGCAUUCGUCCAGGAGUGAUCUAUUGUAGAAAAGGUUUCAGUCGUAGUCGUCUGGACGCUGUUUUCAGAAUCAAGAAGUUUCGGCUCCCAUCCGGAAGUCAUUGUCAAUUGUGAAAAAUGGUCUGAGAACUCAGAAAUUUAAGCUACUCCGUUUGUGUAGUUACUCUCGCUGCCAGAAGGGGGAGAAACACGUUCAGCACUGCAGCUUUAGGACAUGCCGCUAGGGGGCGAGGCCUUAGUGCAGCAUUAACUUUAUUGGAAUUGUCACUGGACAAAAGCGACAGUGUUUCUGCUCGGUGUGAGCAUUAAAGUGUCAGGUUGUAGAAAGGAAGAUUAAAACAUGAGAACUGUGUGUGUGUGUAUGCGUGUACUUGCCUACAUAGUGAGGAUCGAACAAGCUCGUUACCCGUUUGAAGGUUAAGACUUGGUUUUAAGGGUCAGGUUCGAAUUAAGUUGAAGUUAGAGGUUAGGGAAUACAUUAUGUCAAUGAGGGUCCUCACAAGUUUAGAAGGAUGUGUGUUAGUGUGUGUGUUUUGCUCCUGAAUGACUUCCUUCAGUCCGGUAAUUGAUUGGUCGCCCGCAGAGGAACAAACAGCAGAGGACUGAUUCACUUUCUCUGUUCAAAAUAAAAAGCAUCACCAGUGACGUCACACCGCCCUCGUCCAAUCGGGUCGCUGAUUUCAACCACAAAAACUGUCCAGACUCUUUAGCAGCAGAUUAUAAAGUUAGAGAACCUUGAUCGUCUUCAUCUUCAUCGGUUCAGCUGCUUCAUCAACACUUCGGACUCUGUGAUGGGAUUCAGCGGAGGAGACAUGUCAGAUCGUCCAAAUCACGAGACCAGUGCCGUGCUGAGAGUUUCCCGUCUGCCUCUGGUUCGCUCGGCGUUGCAGUCGGUGACAUCAGCGUACUCAGAGGUCAAAGGUCGUUACCCUCUGCUGAGUCUGAUGGGAGGAGUGGCUGAGGUCGGUGUUCGCAGCGUCUCCCACGUCGCCAUGAGAAGAGCCACGCCCCUCCUCCAGAGCCUGGAGCCGCAGAUUGAAGUUGCCAACAGUUUUGCUCUUGUUGGUCUCGACCGUCUGGAGAGAACCUUCCCCAUCCUGAACCAAUCAACAGACGAGGUGGUGGGUCACCUGAGAGACGCCUUCUUUCUGACCCUGGACGACGUGCAGCUGUGGGUGGUGGACGGUUUGGACGGAGCUCUGGAUCAGUUGGAGCGCCUGUCUGGUGCCGGUCUGGCGGCCAUCCGGCUGCUGCAGGACACUCAGGUGGGCCGAGCUGCGGCGCUGGGACUGGACGACGUGCUGAGUCGUCUGGAGGACGCCACCGCCUACUACCUGCCUCUCCCACCCACGCUGCGUCGGGAGUGGGAGAUGAAGGUGCAGGAGUACGAGGAUGACGAUGAGGACGAAGAGCCCGGUCUGUGGACGAGGGUUCGCAGCCUCCUGCUGAGUCUCAGCCUGCAGCUCUAUCAUCGUAUGAUGAAGGUCAGGGAGCAGCUGCAGAAAGCCGGUAGGACGCUGGGAGACGCUGCUUACGCGGUGGGUCUGAGUCAGGUCCUGGAGCUGGUCGGGGAGCUGCUGCAGUACCUGCAGAGCCUCCUGAUCGCGCUGGUGUACCGGGCAGAGAGUCUCAGAGAGCUGACUCUGAACGGGGUCAAAGGUCAGGCCGUCAUGUUGGCUGAGCUGCGUCCUGUUCGUCAGAUCAGAGAGCUGCCGGUUCAGAUCCAACAGUUGCUCGGAGACCUGCAGGAACUCGCCAAGAUCCUCCUGCAGCUGCUGAUCAACGUCACACCGCUCUACAACCUGCUGCAGCAGCCGUCUGAUCAGGAGGUGGAGGUCUUCCUGAACCAGGACAACUUUACGGCCGACAGUUCGUCUCGUCGCAGCUCAGCUAACAGUCUUUUCCUGAAAGCGAUGGACGGCCGUCCUCGCCGCCGCCGUAGUCUCUACUCCCUCGCCACCCGAGGCCCCAAGGUCCCCCAGAGCCCCAACCCCCCCAACGGAUGCCGCUCCAGCCCGAAGGACCCGCCGGCUCUGAAGAUGGAGGGCCUGCCCCUCCCUUUCGAUGACGUCGUCCACCGCCGGCCGUCCGCCACCGAGCUGCUCCUCGCUCCGCUCAAACAGUUCAUCUCUCAGAGCCAGAAGGCCUUCGAGUACCUGAGCCCCAACUCCACCAGCUACCUCGACAACGGCGACAACCCCGACAACAACGACAACACCGAUAACCCCGACAAGGCCGACAACACCGACAACAACGAUAACCCCGACAACCCCAACAAAGCCGACAACCCCAACAACGGCAUCAACCCCGAUAACCCCGACAAGGCCGACAAGGCCUUCCGUCUCAGUGUCUGAUGAUAAGACGUCUCUGCCCAGGCUGGUGGUAGUUUGUGCGUUCACGUUCACCAACAGUGCGAUCGGAAAAUAUGUUUAAAUUUCUGUGAAACGAGUCGAUGCAGAAUUCUGUGGGUUUCAUUUUACUCAGUUUUCAGGAAAACAAACAAACAGGAAACAGACAGACUACGAGUAAAAAAUAAAUAAAAAAACACAGUUCACACCUGUACUUGUACUUUGAGUUUGCAUCUAUAUUCAGAGAUGUGUAUUCCACAUAAUGUUAAAUUUAAAACAUCGGCUUCGAGGAGAAAAAAAACAUCUCAGAGAACAAAUUAGUGACAAAAUCACUCGUGUCUGGAGUUUCCAUGAUGUCUGAGCAAACUUAGUCAUGGAUGACGUCGGUGAGAAGCUCUGGAAAUAAGAUUAUUAUUGUUUUGUUUUUGUCAAAAUGCUGUUUGGCUGAAUAAAUUUGUUGUUUUCUGAAGUUAUUUUGCUCCUCAGGGCCACCGUACUCAGCUGUUAACAGUCAGUCAACAGGUUGUUGUUGUCAGAGAUGUGAUGACGGUUUUGGUUGCAGGUCUGAUGUUGGUUGAAAGAAUGUUUUCAUUAUACAUGAACUUAUAUAGAUUUGAUUUAAACCUUUAAAUGUGAUGUUUUACUGUUUGAAAGCUGCUUGUCAGGACUGAACGAGACUCAUAUUUCCAGUUUAUCGGAACAGAAAUUGACAGGAAGUGAUGGUAACUGACUUUUAAUUCAAGUAUGAAGUGAGUAAAAGCUCAUUUAUUCUCAAAGUUACAACAAAUGUCAAUAUAUUAUUACUAUUUAUUAUCUGGCAGAAUCAGUUUCACAGCUGUUUGUGUAACUCUGUAUCUCCAUCCAAUGUGAAAGAUAUUUCCAACAUUUCCAAAUAAAGCUUCUCUGCUGCUUCA